AUGCCAAUGAUGCAUUCCCUCUCUGUUUAUGCGAUCCUUUUGUUUCUCUCUUGGCCAUUCAGCUCGGUGCCUCUCUGUGCAUCCGACCACCUACUUGUCCCUGGCAAGCCGCUCUCCCCUGGUAGUGUUCUUGUCUCGGAAGACGAAGUUUUCGCCCUCGGGUUCUUCUCCCCAUCAUCAUCAAACUCCACCAAGAAGCACUACUACGUCGGAAUAUGGUACAACGACAUUCCGAAGUGCACCGUGGUAUGGGUCUCCAACCGGGCCGCUCCCAUCACAAACCUUUCCUCUGUGAAUCUUGCCGUAACCAGCAGCUCCGACAUAGUGAUAUCUGAUAGCAAUGGCCGUGUCCUUUGGAGGACGAACAACAACAUCAACAUCAUCAAUUCAUCAUUGACUACCGCCAUCUCGGUGGUAGCGAUGCUGGAGAACACUGGAAACUUCAUCCUCCGGUCGUUGGCCGACGGUGCCAUACUGUGGCAAAGCUUCGACCAGCCUACCGACACCCUCCUGCCCGGCAUGAAUCUCAGGCUCAGCCACAACAUGCAUCCACUGCAGCAACUGGUUGCUUGGAAAGGCCAGCAAGACCCGGCACCUGGCGUGUUCUCCUACGGCGCAGACCCCAACAAUCUCCUGCAAAGCUUCAUCUGGAAUGGCUCGAGGCCACACCGGCGAAGCCCGGUAUGGAUAAACUACCUCCUCCGUUUGUACUACAUGGAUAUGUUCAAGUCUACCAUCUACAUGGCGUUGCAUCACGCCGGCGACGAGGUUUACAUGUCGUUCGGCAUGCCAACCGGCUCCUUCGCCGUGUUGGUUAGGAUGAAUAUUGACUACUCAGGUAAGGUAACUGUCCUAAGCUGGGAAAGCAACAUGUCGGUAUGGAGAGCCCUGUACGCAGAGCCUGAACAUGAGUGCAAUACGUAUAGCUACUGUGGUCCUUAUGGUUACUGCGACAACACAGAAAUCAUCCCAGUGUGCAAGUGCUUGGAUGGUUUCGAGCCGAGGGACGAUAAAGGAUGGAUCGUCGGACGUUUCUUGCAGGGAUGCCGCCGGAAGGAGGUGCGAAGGUGUACCCAUGGAGACGGGUUCUUGACCUUUUCGGGCAUGAAGGUCCCUGACAAGUUCCUCCAUGUCCCGAACAAAAGCUUUGAUGAGUGCACUGAGGAAUGCAAAAGCAAUUGCUCAUGUGUGGCAUAUGCUUACUCCAGUAUGAGCAACAUGGAUAUCGACGGAGAUGACACAAGGUGCCUGGUAUGGAUGGGGGAUUUGAUCGACAUGGAGAACAACGCACAAGGAGGGGAGAACCUCUAUGUUCGGACUUACGUAUUACAAGGUAACCUGAGAAAGGUCAAAACUAUAAAAAUGGUAUUACCAUUUGUGUCAAGUUUGUUGAUCUUCGUAUGCGUGGUGUUUAUUUGGGCCUAUGUCAAUAGAGAUGACACAAGGAAGUCACUACUCAACUGGCCCACAAGAUUUAAGAUAAUCACAGGUGUAGCCAGUGGCCUUCUUUAUCUCCACCAAGACUCCAGAUUGACGAUGAUUCAUAGAGAUCUCAAGGCAAGCAACAUAUUGUUGGAUGCUGAGAUGGACCCCAAAAUAUCUGAUUUUGGUACAGCUAGGAUAUUUAGUGUCAAUGAAAAGCAAGGACACACCAAUCGAGUCGUUGGAACAUUUGGAUACAUGUCGCCCGAAUAUGCAAUGGAAGGAAUCAUCUCCGUCAAGUCUGAUGUGUACAGCUUUGGUGUAUUACUCCUGGAAAUAGUGAGUGGCUUGAAGAUCUGCACUACAAGCCCAAGCACGCACUCUCAUAACCUUAUAGAUCAUGCGUGCAGCUUACAGAGGGAUGGGAUGUUGUCGAAUCUUGUCGACCCGUCUAUCAUCGAGGGUUGCUCUCCUGAUGAAGCUGAUGAAGCUCUACGGUGCAUCCAUAUUGGACUGUUGUCGGUGCAGAACAACCCAAAUGCUCGCCCCCUCAUGUCUUGGGUGGUAGAAAGCCUGGAUAACAAAGCCAUAAAGCUCCCGCAGUUGAAAGAGCCCAUAUACUUUGGAUACCAGAUCUAUGGAAGUGACGGACUAGGAUAA